AUGGCCCCAAAUGUCGUGCUUUCGCCGGCGCUCAUGAAGAGCAUUGCUCCCACCCAGGUUUUGGCCGAUCUCUUGACCGAACCUCACGACACCGAAAACGACUUGACGUUCCUCCUCCACUGGCUUCAGCCGUACUACCUACAUCCUGGCGAAGAGUACGUGGCUCCGCUGGCUCGGAUCCGCGCUGCAGCCAAGCAAUGCUUGCGGGAACCCGUUGUUCAGUUGAAGUUUGUGGAUCUCUUAGUAAACUCCAUAGCCGUAGAAUUCCAGCUCCAUCUACAGCAGUUUGUCCAGGAAAACCUGCUCCUGAGCAUAUGUCAGCAGAUCAAUGCACUCACUGCCUACUAUAAUCGGCAAGCGGCUGUGCUUAACCUUAGCAAGGCUGCCGGUGACUUGUUCCAAAGAUCCUUAAAAGCACUCUUCAUACCAUAUCUCCUGACACCGAAAGUGAAACAGGGACUCGUGCAUCUACUACACACUUCUGUGGGCGACAAUGCAAUGGAGUCUCUCCAAUCGUUCGCCGCCGUGGGCAUGGCGCCAUUUAUUCAGACUGUAGUCGUAUCUGUCACCACUGAGCGCAUUCAAAACUACGUCUUCACAACAUUUGCGGGCGUCUGGGACCAGCCCUGCCUAGCCAGCUUGCAGCAAUGGGUUCGCAUCAAUGUGUAUCCCACUUUCAUUGCUGGUGUUUUCGAUUCGUUUGAGAUUCAAAGCUCUUCUAGCAAUGAUCUAGUUCAAUUCGCACAAGAUAAACUCAUCAACUUGAGAACAAGUGAAAUGUAUGAUAUGGUUGUUGCUUGCAACCGGAGUACUAUUGCAUUCUCGGAAGUACAUCUAUGUUUGGCCACCGGAUCGCCAACUACUCGGACUCUACAAAGAGCACGUUUGGUGGACGCAUUCAUUUCGCAAUGCAACUCAAAGUUGCUCCAUCUGGGCUCCAAUACAGUUAAAAUAAUCGUGGAAUAUAUCAACACUAUCAAAGCAUUACUUAUCGUCGAUCCAACUGGCGUUUUGCUCGACAAAGUGGCACGUCCUAUCAGGAAGUACUUGAAAACUAGGCGGGACCUAGUCUCUCAUUUGGUGAAGGGCAUGCUCGACCCAAACCCUGAAACAAACAGGUUAUACGAGUUGGCAUCUGCUUUGCGUGACAAUACUUGCCACGCUUCAACAGCAAUUGACGACCUAACAGACAUACAUUGGGUGCCUGAUCCAAUCGAUGCAUUGCCAGAUUUCAAAAAGGGAAAAGUUUCUGAUUUUGUUGACGCUCUCACUUCUGUGUUACCCCUGCUGGCUGUCCUCAUUGAUGAAUUUACCAAACUCUUUGCUGUCAAAUUGCUAGAGGCAAGCGACAACCUGCGAGAGAUUUUCGAAGAUGUCGAAAAACUCAAGCUCAGAUUUGGCCAAAGUGAAUUUGCAACUCUUGAUGUUAUGAUACGCGAUGUUGAAGAGAGCAGUCAAUUAAACCAGAAAAUUGGCAACCCUCUUCUAAAUUUGACUAUCCUCUCCCGAAACUACUGGCCCUCGGUAAGCGAGUUAUCCAAUGAAAACGACACCCUCAAUUUACCUAUUCAAGAAGAACUUAAUCAAUUUUCGCGCUCAUUUGGUAAGUUGAAGCAAGGUCGGCAUUUGAAGUAUUUACCUUCAAUGGGCCAAGUUGUCGUUGAACUUGUAUUCGACAAUUGCAGCAAGGAGUUCAAUGUCACUCCAUCACAAGCUACUGUUGUUGAGCUAUUCAACGAGGACGACGAUCCCUUAUCCUUGCUGACAAUUGCGCUUUCUACUGGAUUGUCCAAUUAUGCUACCUCCCAGACUGUUGAAUUUUGGAUCAAGCAAGGAGUUCUCGAAGAUAUUGGUCAGCAGAGGUAUAAAGCUGUAUCAACAUAUACAGGGUAA